UGUUGCCAUGGUGAUUGUAAACAGAGCACGGAGGAGGUCUUGUUUGUUUCAAGAUGGCGGACAGACCCAAGAUCUUCACUCCUGCCGAGGUGGCUGCUCACAACACUGCUGAGGACCUGUGGGUGUCGUUCCUGGGCAAAGUGUGCGACCUGACCCCACUGAUGAACCAGUACCAAGGUGACGCCCUGCUGUUACCCAUCAUGGAGUGUGCGGGGCGGGACAUCAGCACCUGGUUCGACCCGGAAACCAAAGACGUGCUGAAGUAUGUGGAUCCACUGACCAACUGUGUGAGGUACUACACCCCCAGGGGGCGCUUCGUGCACGUCCCGCCCGCCGGCCCUCGCUCCGACUGGGUCAGCGACAUCGGCCAGCCCUGGUGGAGGGACAAACGCUAUGAGGUGGGGCUGCUGACUUCCAAAACCAGGUGGAUACGAGUCAUCAACACGCUGACGUCACAGGAGCAGCGACUGCAGGUGUGCUCUGAGGAGACUCUGGCUGAGAUCCUCCAGCGUUACCUGCGCUACAACUCUCACGCCUGCAGCUACACCUGGAAACACAGCGGGGUGAGUCUGGAUAUGAGCAGGACGCUCUGCGAGAACAACGUCCUCGACGACGACCACGAGCUCCAACGGCUACGACUGGAUCAGAACCUGUUUUGCCCCGCCCUCCUCCUGCACUUCAACGACGACCUCACCGAGGGCUGACCUCUGACCUCUGAUCUCAUCAACACCUGAACAGACUCACAGCAGCAUUACACCCACUGCAGUUAAUGUUAAUAGAGGUGCACAUGUUUUCACUGCUGAUCAUUCUAAUAAAAAAUCUUCUCCUCCAGCA